GGUAGACGGUAUAAAAGUACGAAUCCAAUAAUUGCAUCGUCGUAGUUAUCUCCGCGCUCUUAUCAAGUGACAACAACAUUAUCACGAUGGAAGUGGAUCUGCUCACAGCCGUGGCCGUCGGUGUUUUGAUUCUGCUGAUCUAUCAUUACGUAGCCAACAAAUAUCAGUACUUCCUAUCGAAGCCGAUACCAUGCGUGAAGCCAACCUUCCUGGUGGGUAACCGCGGUGCGGCCAUUUUCCGAACCAAGGAUGUCCGGCAGCAAACCGACGAACUGUACUACGCCUUCCCAAAUUCCAAGGUGGUCGGAUUCUACGAGCUGACGAAGCCGGUAUUCAUGAUCCGUGAUCCAGACGUGAUCAAGCAGAUAACCGUCAGGGACUUUGACUACUUCAUGGAUCAUACACCGACGUUUAGUGGCAAUCGCACGGAAGACGACGACAGUGCCACAGGCCUGUUCGCCAACUCGUUGUUUGCUCUGCGUGGGCAAAAGUGGAAAGACAUGCGAUCGACGUUGAGUCCGGCGUUUACCGGCAGUAAGAUGCGGGUCAUGUUCGACCUGGUGGUCGAAUGUAGCCAAUCUAUGGUGGAACACUUCCGCUCAGAAGCGAAGGCUGGCAAGAGGUUGGAGUGUGAGAUGAAGGAUGUCUUCUCGCGGUUCGGUAAUGACGUGAUCGCUACUGUGGCGUUCGGUAUCAAGGUCGAUUCGCUACGCGAUCCCUCAAAUGAAUUCUACGUGAAAGGAAAACAGAUGCUGGACUUCCAGUCAUUUACGAUUGUUAUCAAGUUUCUACUUUUUGCUACUAUGCCCUGGCUGAUGCGGAAGCUGAAAGUGGACUUCGUAGAUGCCGAUUUGGCCGUGUUCUUCAAGAAGAUCAUAAAGGACAACAUGAAACAGCGGGAAGUCCAUGGAAUCGUGCGCAACGAUAUGAUUCAAAUGCUGAUGGAUGUUCGGAAGGGUACUCUGAAGCAUGGCAAAGACGAUCAAGAAUUGAACGAUGCAGGCUUUGCAACGGUCAAAGAGUCCCAGGUUGGAAAGUCAACGCAUGCAAGGGUUUGGACGGAGAACGAACUGACGUCGCAGUGCUUCCUAUUUUUCCUGGCUGGAUUCGACACCGUAUCGUCCUGUUUGACUUUCUUGGCCUACGAGCUUACGCUCAAUCCGGAUAUCCAGAAUCAGCUGUAUGAAGAAGUGGCGGACACGGAACGAUCCCUCGGCGGAAAAGCUCCGAGCUACGAAACACUCCAGAAGAUGAAGUACCUGGAUAUGGUGGUUUCGGAAACUCUCCGCAAGUGGACUCCGACCGUGGAUACCGAUCGUUACGCCAACCGAGACUACCUGCUCGACGAUGGAGCUGGGUUGCAGUUCGUCAUCGAAAAUGGCCUACAAAUCAACAUUCCGAUCCUGGCGAUCCACAACGAUCCCAAAUAUUUCCCCAAUCCCGAGCGGUUUGAUCCGGAGCGAUUCAGCGAGGAGAAUCGAUCGAAGAUCGUUCCGGGGUCCUAUCUGCCGUUCGGAGCGGGCCCUAGGAACUGCAUUGGAUCGCGAUUGGCACUGAUGGAGGUGAAACUGGUGGUAUACUAUCUGCUGAAGGAUUUCAGCUUCGAGCCCACCGAGAAGACGGACGUGCCGAUAAUGCUUACCAAGAAAGCCGUCGAUGUGCGGACCGAGAACGGUGCUUGGGUGGAGUUCAAACCGAGGAACUUGUAGGUGCUGGCGAGUUAGUUUAGCUGUUCAACAUACCUUGGAAGGGUCGGGUGUAGCCGUAAUCGUAGUCAUAGUUGCUUUACUGCUUACCUGUAAUGGAAGGAAUGGAAAAUAUAACAUUAAUGAGAUUUAUUCGAUUUGAUUUAUAAUUCUGACGAACUAGCC